CCUCCGGACCCCCCCUUCCUUUCCUUUCCUUCUUAUCCCCCUCCCAACAUUAUUCUGCGGUGCCAGUGCCCUGCUUUCGCAAGCCCCCAGUUUUAGGGCUUUGCUAAUGUUUUUCCCUUGAAAAUUAAGGGAUAUUAUUUUUGGGCGAUACAUAUUGAGUGAACAUCAGUGUCUUCGAUUUUUCACUCAAUGGAGGGCACGGCCAGUGUAGCCACUGCCACCGCCACUCGGGGCUCUUCUUUCCAGAUGCCAUUGUCCCGGCAGGAGUGGCGCGCUGUUGCGGAGCAUCAUCUAGCUGGAAACCCAGACGACAAGGAGUUAGAACAAAGAAAGUUGGGGCAAUCAGAUGAAAGAACCAUAUAUGAGGUGCAGCAAGGAAGACAGCCCCUUGAUGUUGAUUUCUGUUCGGUGACAGUGGAUGGGACAUUAGACAAUGAUAUAUUGCAGCAACGAAUUCAGGAUGUUGCUAGACAAAGGGAGGAGUUAGAACGCAUCGAGGUUGAGAUUAGAGCUCAAAUGAUUGCAAGAACUGAGAUAAUUGAAAUGCAAAAUAGCUUUGAUGCUCAACUCAAGGAACAUUCUAAUGCUGCCUGCAAGCUUCAGGAGCAACUCCGUGAAAGGGAUCAUACAGUACAUGAGCUGGAAGGAAAUUGAAGAGAAAGACAGAGAACUGCAUGCUA